GAUAAUCGAAAAAAGAUUAAGUCACUUCCGGAAACUUGUCUGCAGUAUCUUUUCAGCAUAAAUUAUUGAAUAUUUUAUUGAUUAACCGCUUGCAGCCCGAAAAUGUCGGACAGAAAAGCAGAGCUCGAGCGCAAAAAAGCAAAGCUCGAACAGAUGCGUAAGGAAAGACAAGAGAAAGAUAGGAUUAAAAAGCUUAAAGAGGUACCAGAUGAAAAUGUACAGAAGAAAGCUCCAACAGGAGAUAUUCACAAAGAAACUGAAGACCUGCUGAGAGAUCUUGGAAUUCCCCCUGCUGGUGCUACCCCUGCUACUGUGCCCAGUGAAGCAGCAAAGACAAAUUCUGGACAGAAAGACCAGGAAUCAACACCUCCACAGCCUCCACAGACAUUAUCCAUGAGACCCAAAAUGAGAUUGAGUGUAGCCAAAGUUUCAGAAACUAGCAUCCCCCCUCGUGAGAAUGUCAUGUACAACAAAGAAACUCAGACCACCAUCGUGGAACCCCUAGAUAAGGAAGGACACAAGCAUGGUGUGAGAGGUCCGUGGGAUUAUUACGAUGAUAUUUCAGACGCAGGUAGCAGUCCAAAGCGUGGCCAAGGGCCAGGUAGUAGGGUUCUUGUAUAUGACGACCCUGUCGGUCGUACAGAUGAUGAUGCUGACUCGGUUGAUGUGCCGGAGCACUCACCAAGCCACAAGAUGCCACAUGUUGAAAUGGUGCCACCCUCCAAAACUCUAGAGGAUGAAAAGAAGGAGGAAAAACCAUUGCCGGAGUUAAGUGAAGAGGAGAAAAAACAAGCGAUUAUGUCAGAAGAUUUUCAAACAUUUUUCGAUCACACAUCACGCCUCAUUGAGCGUGCCCUGUGUGAAAGUGUUGACAUCUUCACGGACUACACUGGAGGAGAUGGGGAGGGCAAGGAUGAUGAUUUGGCUGGAGAGCGACUGAAGUUAAACCGGGAAUUCUAUGAUGAGAGAUGGUCCAAGCAUAGAACAAUCACCAGCUUGGACUGGUCGAAACAGCACCCAGAGUUACUUGUUGCCUCAUACAAUACGAACGAGGAUGCACCCCAUGACCCCGACGGAGUAGCACUUGUGUGGAAUAUCAAGUUCAAAAAACAGACACCAGAAUAUGUAUUUCACUGCCAGUCAGCGGUGAUGUCAAGCUGUUUCGCGGAAUUCCACCCUAACCUGGUGGUGGGCGGUACCUACUCGGGACAGAUUGUAUUAUGGGACAACCGAGUGAACAAGAGGACCCCUGUACAGAGAACUCCUCUGUCUGCUGCCGCUCAUACACAUCCGGUUUACUGUGUAAAUGUAGUGGGAACCCAGAACGCCCACAACCUUAUCAGUGUGUCUACCGACGGCAAGAUGUGUUCCUGGAGUCUGGACAUGUUGUCACAACCACAGGACAGCAUGGAACUCCAGCACAAGCAGAGUAAAGCGGUCGCUGUGACCUCAUUUUCUUUCCUUGCCAAUGACGUCAACAACUUUGUAGUGGGAAGUGAGGACUGUACUGUGUACACAGCCUGUCGGCAUGGAAGUAAGGCCGGUAUCAGCGAGGCAUUUGAGGGCCACCAGGGUCCAAUUACAGGUAUUAACUGUCACUCAGUGCCUGGGCAGAUAGACUUCUCACCCUACUUCCUCACGUCCUCCUUUGAUUGGACUAUUAAACUGUGGAGUAUAAAGGACUCCAAGUUUAUCCAUUCAUUUGAGGACAACAGUGACUAUGUGUAUGAUGUACAAUGGUCACCUGUCCAUCCCGCACUGUUCGCCAGUGUGGACGGUAUGGGACGUCUGGACUUGUGGCAUCUCAAUAAUGAUACUGAGGUACCCACAGCCUCCGUUGUCAUGGAGAAUAACGUGGCAUUGAAUCGUUGUCGGUGGCACCAGACAGGUGCCCAUAUAGCCACCGGUGAUGACCUGGGACAUAUAUAUAUAUAUGAUGUGGCAGAGACCAUUGCGACACCAAAACAUGAUGAAUGGUCACGAUUUGCACACUCGCUACACGAACUAAAACAACACGCUGCUGAGAGAGAGGAGGAGUCUUCCCUAGCAACCAUGACAUCACCUUUACGAUGAUUGAUCCAUCUGCUUACAGUCUUUGAACUUUGACCCUAACCCUCUGUGUGUCAUGUGACCUGAAGGACAGAGUAUUCUUUAGCUUGUUUGGUUGUUGGUGCUUAAAUUUACAAAACAAGUUUAAUGGGAGUAGGAACUGUCCACAUUGCUUACACUGAAGAAUGGUGAAAAACUUAAUUUGCUUUGAAGAAAAUGUGGACUCAACUCAUUUCCACAUUUGCAAGAACAAAGAAGGAAACAUUCAGAUAUAGGUAUUGUUUUGGGACAAACAGUAGUAAAACCUGGUCAGAGGAAUAAAUAUUUAUACUGAAUAUGUAUAUAUUAAUAAAAUCCAUGAAAGUGCAAUGCUUAUAUAAUUACACGAGAUUUGGUCAGGAUACCUUAUAUGGGGUUGUUUUUUCUUCUCUACAUUUAACGAGAUUGUCAGAAGGCUUUUCAUAAAUGAUGUGCAUGUCUGGCUUGAUCAGAAUAGGAAGGGUGAGUGUGGGUGAAUGAUUGGUCAGAACCCCAAGUGGAAGGGAUGAUUGAACAAUGAGUAGUAGAGCAUGUAUCUGGACGGGACUUAUGUAAGUGUAAGUUCAGAGUGGAAGUGAUGGUUGUAUCAGAUAACCUAAAUGUAACGGAGUAGUAUUAUCUUCAGGUGUCUAUUCAGAAUAAUAACAAAGACACUUAUGGAGGGGG